AUGCUGUCCGUUCUGUCGCGGGCGCCGCGGGCUUUGCUUCGCGCCUGCGCGCCCACUGCGAAGUUCUUAGCGCUGAGUGGGCGGCUUGGAGCGCGCCACAGCAGCUGGGAGCUGAAGCCAGAGCGGGAGGAGCGGAGGCGCAGCAAGAACAGGAGCUUCGAGGCCUCGGAGGACACCAAGCAAAGCUGCGCGGAGAUGCAGCGGUUGCAGCGGGAGGGGCGGUUGCGGGAGGCCCUGGAUAUCUAUCCCACCAUCCAGGAGCCGAACCCGUUGGUCCAUACCAUGGCCCUUACCAUUUGCCAGAAGGCCAACUGGCUCGAGGAGGCCAAGGAGAUUUGGGAGAAGUUUCCUGUGGAGGAGCGAGACGUGAUCCCAUACUGCAUCAUGAUCAACAUAUUGGGCUACAGCCGGCGGCUUCGCGAGGCCGAGGAGCUCUACGAGGAGAUGGAGUCCAGGAAUGUGGAGCUGGACCUCCCGGCAUACACCAGCAUCAUGAAUGCAUACGGGCAGAGUGGCAACAUUGACAAGGCCAAGGACCUUUUCCAGCGCGUCCCGAAGCAGGCCUUUGAAGAAGCCGAACUCAGAGACAAGGAGCGCUGCUUCUUGACGUUGAUGACCGGGCAUGCGAAGUUGGGAGAGUAUGCUGGUGCACGCGAGGUGUUCGUUGACAUGCUGGCGAAGGACGUUCGGCCCAAUAGGAAACACUUCAACGCUUUGAUCAGCGCUUGCGCAAGAGACGCCUUAGCCGAGACUGCGCAGGGCGUGUUUGACCUGAUGCCACAGUACGGGGAGUGCCCCACGCUGGCGGACUGGACUGCGCUGCUGGCCUGCUAUCGCAACGACCUCGCUGCGACCAGAAAGGUUUUCGAGGACAUGCAAGCGGCGGGCUGCCAGCCGGAUGCCCUUGCCUACUGCAAGUUGCUGGAGGCGCACGUGCUGGCGGAGGACGGAGCUGGGGCGCGGGCGCUGGCAGAGGACCUAGCGGCCAAUCUGCCGGAGAAGGGGACGCAUCCGGUGCUGCAGCGCCUGGUGCAACGGGCAGAGCGCCUGCCAUAA